GAGCCGCCGAUUUACCGCGAUCGGUGAUCAACCUCGACAGGAGUUUGUACCACACUGUCACCGCCGGGCCCUGAAGUCCAAUAAUAAAUAUAUCUGAUUUGUCCAAUAAAUAAAUAACAAGAACUAGAAAAAAUAUUUCAGGGGAACUGGAAUUUGUCAUAUGUGAUGUUGAGAUCCCUUAAUCCUAGAUUCUUGAGGAACCUAACAAAGUACUUUCGAAAGAGAAACAUUAACGCAACAAUAUAUCACACGAAACCCUUUAUUUUGGCAAGAGCUAAAGUACUGAUAGGCUCCCAACUGUGCUGUGUUGCCCUUAAAAGUGAAGAAAGGACUAAAAUUAACGUGGAAGAUGGCCUAAGAGAAGCCUGCGCAGAAGGAGACGUAGCCAUCGUUGUGCUGAUGGAUACACUUAAGGACUUUGUUUUAGUUGUAUGUCAAGAGUACCGUAGCUGCCUCACGAAGCAAAUUGAGAUUACAGAAACUGCCUCAAAAAUUGGACCUCUCUCGGAGUUUUGGGAUGAACUCCCGCCCUACAGAACACUGGCAGCUGAGUUAAGUAAGGAACUAGACGAUUAUAUGAGCGUAUUUAACACCAUAGGGCAAAUGAUGACCGAUGAUUCCUUGGUGUCUUUUGUGACAGGAACGACAGACAAAUUAGACUUAGUCGCUACAAAAUACCAGGAGUUAAACACUUUACUACAGAAAGAGUUUGAGCAGAAUAGGGAAAUAGAAUUGGAACUGUUGAGAAUUAACCGUAAUUCCAUUUUAAACAGUGUGAAUUAAGACCGAUGUAAUAGAAUUUGCAAAUAAAUUAGUGAUUUAAAGAACAAAACAAAUUUUAUUACUUUUUA